CUUUCCAGAGAGACUUCUCUAAAGCCGGCCAAAGCGGUACUUCUUCAGCAGCCUAACGCCAACAUCCUGGAAGACUUUACACACCGUGAAGCUGCUGGAGCUGUAAAAUAAAAACAAAAACAAAUAAAACGACGCGGGAGAGAAUAAUUGAAGCCAAAGAGACAGCCACACGGAAGACUUGAAGCCUUUCUCUUUAAGAAAAAAAAACACACACACCCAAGUGCAGUUUGAAGUAAUUUCAACGGAGCAAAAAACUCCAAGAUGACUGACUACUGAGCGGAACCCACUGGGGGACCCCGAGGAGGAACUUCUUCCAUCGCCGUCAACUUUAACAACAGAAAAAGACAAAGAAAAAGACGAAUAUUUACGUUGCAGCCAUGGACUCCGGAAAGCGAAUAACGUUUCCGUUGAUGUUGAGUGUUGGAACGGCUGUGAUCGGCUCUCUGCAGUUUGGCUACAACUCCGGUGUGAUCAAUGCCCCUCAAAAGAUCAUUGAGAGGUUCAUCAAUGAGACAUAUUUUGAGCGCUACCAGGAGCAGAUCUCCAGGACCACCCUCACGGCCAUCUGGUCCAUCGCCGUCUCCAUCUUCUCUGUUGGUGGCAUCGUUGGCUCCUUCUCUGUCGGACUCUUUGUCAACCGCUUUGGAAGGAGGAACUCUAUGCUCAUGGCCAAUGUCCUAGCCUUCAUCGCAGCCGCUCUGAUGGGCUUUUCAAAGAUGGCCAACUCCUGGGAAAUGUUGAUCGUUGGUCGUUUCGUGGUGGGCCUCUACGCCGGCCUCUCCACAGGCUUCGUGCCAAUGUAUGUGGGUGAGAUUUCCCCAACAGCCCUACGAGGAGCCCUGGGCACCUUCCACCAGCUGGGCAUUGUUGUCGGCAUCCUGAUUGCACAGGUGUUUGGACUGGAGUCAAUCAUGGGCAACGACGACUUGUGGCCGCUCCUCUUGGGCUUCAUCUUCAUCCUUGCUUUGAUACAGUGCAUCCUGCUGCCUCUCUGCCCCAAGAGCCCUCGUUUCCUGCUCAUCAACAAGAACGAAGAGAACAAGGCCAAGGCUGUGUUGAAGAAGCUCAGAGGCACCACAGAUGUGAGCUCUGACAUGCAGGAGAUGAAGGAAGAAAGCCGGCAGAUGAUGAGGGAGAAGAAGGUGACCAUUCCGGAGCUUUUCCGCUCGCACCUUUACCGCCAGCCCAUCCUGAUUGCUGUCGUCCUACAGCUGUCUCAGCAGCUGUCUGGCAUCAACGCAGUAUUCUACUUCUCCACUCGUAUCUUUGAGAAAGCCGGAGUUGAGCAGCCUGUCUAUGCCACCAUUGGAACCGGUGUAGUUAACACAGCUUUUACUGUGGUGUCGCUGUUCAUCGUAGAACGUGCAGGACGUCGGUCUCUGCACAUGCUGGGGCUGCUGGGAAUGGCUGCAUCUGCUGUCUUAAUGACUAUUGCCAUGGCUCUGUUGGACCAGCUCAAAUGGAUGUCAUAUUUAAGCAUCGUGGCCGUAUUUGCCUUUGUCGCGUUCUUCGAGCUGGGACCGGGUCCCAUCCCCUGGUUCAUCGUGGCCGAGUUGUUCUCACAGGGACCCCGGCCUUCGGCCUUUGCUGUUGCUGGGUUCUCCAACUGGACUGCUAAUUUCAUUGUGGCAAUGACUUUCCAGUAUGUAGAGGAUCUGUGCGGCCCCUACGUGUUUAUCAUCUUCACUGUGCUGCUGCUCUUUUUCUUCGUCUUCACCUACUUCAAAGUACCGGAGACCAAGGGCCGGACGUUUGACGAGAUCUCGUCCGGCUUCCGGCAGACUGCUGCCACCGGGGGAGUAAAGCACUCGCCGGAGGAGCUCAACAGCCUGGGAGCAGAUUCUCAGCUCUGAGUGACUGCUCUUAACUCCUAACAAACUCUUUCUCAGGCCCAGGAGGGGACGAGAAGAGUCUACUAACCAGAAGUAGACCCAUCCGUUGGUAGAAUCAUUUUCACACUCGUCACCACAUUUUGAACGUCAUUACCAAAACACAGAGACAGCCCUGCGGGGUUCUCCGACAUGAUGUCCUCUGCUGCCCCUCUCAUGAUGUCACCCACACAAAAAACAAAACACAAAAAAACUUGAUGGGCACUAUGUCGCCUGAUGUGAAGAGGGGAGUUGAGGAUAGAUGGGGAAGGAAAAGAAGUGUCUGCAUCAAUCAACCAACCUUUUUUAAUCUCUUUUUUCAUUGAAUAUAUAUAUAUAUAAAUAUAACUGAUAUGUGCCUAUAGCUUGUUACCAUACAGUCAGUCUCAUUUUAAGAGCGCUGCAGCUGUAGAGAUCAGUUCACUGGGCAAAAUACUUGUUUUUAUCAAUCCUACUGUAAAGCUGUAUCACUGUAGACUCCAGCACUGUAGACGCCGUCUCUCCCCAGCAGAUGGGGCACUGCCUUUAGAAAAGGUCUCAGUGCUCCACCAAUUAGAAAUAAGUUAUUUGGACCUUUUUGUAGGUUACUGAGUACACAAACAGUGUUACGUUGGUGUAUUGCUGUAAAGAUUUAGAUAUUCUUAAUGAAAUUUACUAGACUAUCACGUUAAUGCUGUUACUCCUGUUGGGAAAUAUUUUCCUCUUUUUAUCCUAUUUUUCUCUUGUUAGACAAAAUAAUUGCUGAAAACUGCAUUUUUGUUUAAUAAGAUUUAUCGACAUGAAGUCAAAACAAUAAUAUAUCAAGAUACAUAUUUUUGUUUUGUCUCUUUUCUGUGUUGUAGUUUGUAGACGGUCCCUAAGCUCUCUAACUGCCGUCUCAACAAAGGAACUGCACACAGCUCAGUUAGCACAACUUUCACUGCGUUAACUCUGAAUGAAUCACUGCACAAGGGUAGGAACCUUUAAUGACAUCUGGAGCACGUUUAGGCCUGCUGAGUGCUAACUCUAGCAGGAGGAUGACUCGGGGUAGGCAGCACCGAUUGGUUUAGUUUUUCUCUCCACUGACCGCACUCCAACAGUACAAACAACAGACCUACAAGAAUUCUCCUUUAAGUGUCUUGUCUAAAACAAUUGAGCCUCCUCGGCCCUCAGCCCUCAUCACUUCCAAGCAGUUUCAGGUCAGGUCGGCCUGAUCCAGACUGAAAGCUUCUCUCAGUGGACCAUUUUCACCCUGGAUGUCUUCACUGAAACGGGAGCUGCAACGCUGCAAGCUCUUCCUCCGUGACAACAACUUAGCAUCUUCAGAAAAAGCAAAAAAUACAAGGACCAAAAUGAAUGUCGGCCAUAUGGAAGGUUUUUGUUCAUUAUGUGUCAUAGGCGGCGGACACAUACUGUUGUGAGGCUUCUUUGUGCUGAAUUCUGCAGUAUUCUCUCUCUCUCUCCCUCUCUCCCCCCCCCCCCCCCCCCCCGGGUUGUGGUUGUGUGCUGCAGUGUAUGCCUGGUCCCACUUCGCCUCGCUGUUUUAUCCGCUGUCUACAACUGCUGUAUCACUUCUUCUUUUUCUUGAAAUGCAUUGUUUGAGGAAAGUUAUCUUUUUAGCAGCACUUUAUUAUUCACAGGGAUAUUUCUUUGUUACUGAGACAAAAGUUUAGCGUUAGACAGGAAUCUUUUUGUUACCGAAGAGAGACUAAAGUACUGCUAAUGGAUUACUAGAGGUUUUUGAAAUAGCUAUUUGUGAAAUGGUUUCAUUUGUUCUCAUCUAUGACAGUCUUGCACAUUUCGGCGCGCAGGCCAGUCGUGAGUAAACAACACAGUCCUAGUGUAAUGAGGACUUUGAUACCAAUCCAACCCAGUAGUAAAACAAAUCCCUUUAAAUCAUUCCAUAAUUAGUUGUUAAUUAUUGUAUAUAGAAGAGCUUUAUAGUAUAUCUUUUGUCACCUCGCCCACCACGGGAAACACUGUAACAUUGUGUGCCUUUAUGUAGAUUUCACAUACUAUAUCUUUACCAGCACAAAUAAUGUAAUGGCACCAAAAGAUGUACUUCCCACACAGACUGAUAUAUCGCAAAUAUCAAAACUGUGUUUUAUAUGCACACAGAGUCACAAUUCUGCUUGGGCAUUAGAUUUUUAACAUAGCCUUUGAAAUCUCCUGAUUGAUGUUGUCAUGCACUACAUAAUGUAAAUAUCAAACCAACCUCAGCCUCAUCCACUCCAAAUUCA